GCAGUCGAGUUUGGCUCUAUUUUGCCUACUUUUGUUUUUGGUUGCAGCUGCUAAUUCCAAUUUUCCGCAACACACAAAAAACACACACGCCUCCGUUUUUCUUUUGUUUCCCUCUUCACUUCGUUAUCAUCGCCCCCUCUGCUACCUCCCUCAACCAUGCAAGCUCUCCAAGCGCCAUCGCUUCGAGGUUCCCCUCUAAACCCUCUCCAAAAACCCAAUCCCAAUCCCCAUUUUUCCAAUGUAUCGAGGCUUCGACCAAGGCUGACCAAGAGAUUCUCUUCCAUUACCGCUUCGUCCCCCACCGUUUCCGCUCCCAAGCGCGAGAAGGACCCCAAAAAACGGGUCGUCAUUACGGGGAUGGGCUUGGUUUCUGUUUUUGGAAACGAUGUCGAUGCUUACUAUGAUAAAUUGCUGGCUGGAGAGAGUGGGAUCGGACCUAUCGACCGUUUCGAUGCUUCCAAAUUUCCAACUCGGUUCGGCGGUCAGAUCCGGGGUUUCACUUCUCAAGGGUACAUUGAUGGAAAGAACGAUAGGAGGCUUGACGAUUGCUUGAGGUACUGCAUUGUUGCGGGCAAGAGGGCGUUGGAAGAUGCUGAUCUCGGGGGUGAUAAGUUAUCUAAGAUCGAUAAGGAGCGAACUGGAGUUCUUGUUGGAACUGGUAUGGGUGGUCUUACAGUGUUUUCUGAUGGUGUUCAAAAUCUGAUAGAGAAAGGUUACAGAAAAAUAACACCAUUCUUCAUUCCUUAUGCCAUAACAAACAUGGCAUCUGCUUUGCUUGGAAUUGAGCUUGGUUUCAUGGGUCCCAAUUAUUCAAUUUCAACUGCUUGUGCUACCUCCAAUUAUUGCUUCUAUGCUGCUGCUAACCACAUCCGUCGAGGUGAGGCUGAAUUGAUGAUUGCUGGUGGAACAGAAGCUGCAAUUAUUCCUAUUGGGCUGGGGGGUUUUGUUGCAUGUAGGGCAUUGUCUCAAAGAAAUGAUGAUCCUCAAACUGCAUCAAGGCCAUGGGACAAAGAUAGAGAUGGCUUUGUUAUGGGUGAAGGUGCUGGAGUAUUGGUAAUGGAAAGCUUGGAGCAUGCAAUGAAAAGAGGUGCACCAAUUAUUGCCGAGUACUUAGGUGGAGCUGUUAAUUGUGAUGCUUAUCAUAUGACUGAUCCAAGAGCUGAUGGUCUUGGGGUGUCUUCCUGCAUUGAGAGAAGCCUUGAAGAUGCUGGUGUGUCCCCUGAGGAGGUUAACUAUAUUAAUGCACACGCAACUUCUACCCUUGCUGGUGACCUGGCCGAGAUAAAUGCUAUUAAAAAAGUAUUCAAGAAUACAUCAGACAUCAAAAUCAAUGCCACAAAGUCUAUGAUAGGUCACUGCCUGGGUGCAUCGGGUGGUUUAGAAGCCAUUGCCACUGUGAAGGCCAUUACCACAGGAUGGCUGCAUCCCUCCAUAAAUCAAUUUAAUCCAGAGCCUUCAGUUGAGUUUGACACUGUUGCCAAUGUAAAGCAGCAGCAUGAGGUUAAUGUGGCAAUUUCCAAUUCUUUUGGAUUUGGUGGACACAACUCGGUCGUGGCAUUUUCUGCUUUCAAGCCAUGAAAAUCUCAUCGGUGGUUGGUCACUUAGUUUGCCUUUAUGAUGGAAGAUAAGAUGAGUCAGCUCUGAAUCUGUGAUCAGGCUGCUCCAUUCGUGUAACUUUCUUGAGCCAUUUGUAAUCGUUAGUGUUGUAAUAAUUUUGAGUGGAAUUCUAACUGGCCAAAGAAGUCUGGACCAAUUUCAUUUUUUUUUUCUUUAAACUUAUUUAUGAGGCUAAUCAGCAAUGAGAGAUUUUGUUUUGUUCUGAAUAAUGUAUUGAAUGGAAGACUGGGCCUAAGGGCUCUCGAUCUUUUAAGUCAAUUAUUUUAUCAA